AUGGAGAUAAAAGCAGUUGUCAGAAGAUAUGAAACAAGAAAUAAGACAACAGGAACAGAACUGUCAUCCAAAUCCCGAGUUGAUUGGAGACGCACUAGGAGGGAGCUCAUACUACUUGACAGCGAUGAUGAAUCCUCACGUACCUCUGAGGAGGAAGAGGCUACCACAUCAGAAGAUGAAGUAGAUGAAAAAGAUGAAGCUGUUCUGAAGAACAGCUUUUCGGAUCAGGAAAAGAAAAGCCAUGACGGGGAAGUAACAGAAGAUGGUGAGGAUGAGUGCGUCAUGCCUGGAAAGCGUAAAAGAUUGAACACCUCUGUCUUGUAUGACAGUGAUGAAAGUGAGGACAGUGAUAUACUUGUUAGAAAAGUUUUUGCUAAACGCCGCUGUAUAAUGGAUGAAGAUGAGAGUUCUGAAGAACAGCAACCUGAUAAAAUCUGCUCUACAGAAAAUGUUUCUACUAAUAGGAAACAGAAAGUGUUUGCAAAAUUGAAAGAACUUGCAACACAAAGAGCAACUCGGAGAUCCUGCAGCGGUGAAAAUUGUGAGGAUUCUGGUGAUGAAGCAGAAGUGGAAUCACUCUGUCACUUGUCCCUCACACCAACAGAAGGUAGUGAAACUGACAGUGACAGCAUGAAAGAUUUUAAACUAGAGGAAGAGGAAGAUGAUGAUGAUGAUGAUGACAACACAGAGCACAUAAAGAGUGAAAAACAGCCACAACAGAAGGAACUAAAUACAUCAAAUAGCGAGUUGCUGGCAUACUACAUCCCACGCUUAUCUCGCUGUGAUCAUUCUGUACAUUUUAAAAGAAUAGUAAAGGCUUUCCUCAUAAAUGCAAUUGAUGACACUUUUCUGAGCUCAUUAUAUGAUGGAACAAGACAAAAGCAGUAUGCGCAAGAUAUGUUGCUCUCACUCCAUUAUUUGGAUGACCGCUUCAUUCAGCCUCGUCUUGAGAACUUAAUCUCUAGAAGUCGCUGGAAAGAUCGAUACAAGGAGCGUGUGGAUUGUUACCCAGAUGUUCGCAUCAUCUUGAAAAAUCCAAAAAAUAUGUCUUGUCAGGCCUGUGAAUUGAAUCGCUAUUGCAAGUUUAAUGUGCUGCUCUCUGGAAAGCUUUAUAAUAGUAGAACUUUGGAAGCAGAUGACUUCAUGUCAGAUGACAAGCAGGUAACAUUUAAGAGAAGAUUGGAAAUCCUAAAGCGGAUGCGUAUCUUAAAGAAAGGAAAACCAGUG